AAUAAAUAAAAUAAUUUUAGUACACUCAGAAAAAUCCACUUUCUCUCCUUGUGCAUUGCUUCGAGGGCCACACAUCUUGGCGAACCACCCAAUUUCAUCAUUGAUUUUCUUCUUUGCCCUUUCAUGGUGGACAUUAGAAAGGGGAAUCCUCAACUUCCAUAAUCAAGGUUAUUUAAUCUUCAUUAGCUGGUAAACAUUCUUGUAAAUCCCACCUUUUUUUUCAAAUUUUGAUUUUUUUUUAAAAAUAAUUAUGAUUGUUUGUGUAUUUCACUGUGUAUAUGAAAUGGGGAUCUGUUUUCAUGUUUAUUAGCUUUUUAGAUUUUUUUUCUUCAACUUUUUUUGAGUGAUAUUGAAGAUUUGGGAGAUACCCAUUUGGGGAAAUUUGAUAUUUUUUUUUGCAAGAACAAAUGGGUACUUUGCUUAAGAUUCAUAGCAAAUUUGAGAUUUGCAACCCUAUAAUUCAAGGGUAUUCUGAGAAAUGGUCUAAUUUGAAUGUUCUAAAGGGGCAUGGGAAAUUUACAAGAAAAUCACAUAAAAAAUGGUGCAAAAAUGGGAUUGUUAGAGCUAGAAAUAGUACCCUUUUGGAACUUGUUCCAGAGACUAAGAAGGAGAAUCUUGAAUUUGAAUUGCCCUCUUAUGACAUAUCAAAGGGAAAAAUGGUUGAUCUUGCUGUUGUAGGAGGUGGUCCUGCUGGACUUGCUGUUGCACAGCAAGUUUCUCAGGCUGGUCUCUCGGUUUGCUCGAUCGAUCCGUCUCCUAAAUUGAUAUGGCCUAAUAACUAUGGUGUUUGGGUGGAUGAAUUUGAAGCCAUGGAUUUACUCGAUUGCCUCGAUACCACUUGGUCAGGUGCUGUCGUUUACAUUGAUGAGGGGUUGAAGAAGAAUCUCGAUAGACCGUAUGGAAGGGUUAACCGAAAGUUGUUGAAAUCGAAAAUGAUGCAAAAGUGUAUAUCAAAUGGGGUGAAAUUUCAUCAAGCAAAAGUAAUAAAAGUCGUCCAUGACGAAUCAAAAUCUCGAGUUAUUUGCAAUGAUGGAGUCACAAUUGAAGCUUCGGUUGUGUUGGAUGCAACGGGUUUUGCUCGAAGUUUGGUGCAAUAUGAUAAGCCAUAUAACCCUGGUUAUCAAGUUGCUUAUGGAAUUUUGGCUGAAGUUGAAGGACACCCUUUUGAUGUAGAUAAGAUGUUGUUUAUGGAUUGGAGAGACUCUCAUUUGGAUUGUAACAAAGAAUUGAAAGAUCGAAAUAGUAGGAUUCCGACUUUCCUAUAUGCCAUGCCUUUCUCUUCAAAUAGGAUAUUCUUGGAGGAAACUUCUCUUGUUGCUCGGCCAGGGUUGGCCAUGGAAGACAUACAACAAAGAAUGGAGGCUCGGUUAAGGCACCUUGAUAUUAAAAUAACGCACAUUGAGGAGGAUGAACGUUGUGUGAUUCCUAUGGGAGGCCCUCUUCCUGUGAUUCCACAACGAGUUGUGGGAAUCGGUGGGACUGCUGGUAUGGUGCAUCCGUCUACUGGGUAUAUGGUCGCGAGGACUUUGGCGGCAGCUCCGAUAGUAGCCAAUUCUAUCGUUCAGUAUCUCGACAGGAAAAACAGUAAUGCUGGAAAUGAAUUGUCUGCAGAAGUGUGGAAAGACUUGUGGCCUAUAGAAAGGAGACAGCAAAGGGAGUUCUUCUGCUUUGGCAUGGAUAUUCUGCUGAAACUUGAUUUGCCGGGAACAAGAAGGUUUUUUGACGCGUUUUUUGAUCUGGAACCACGCUAUUGGCAUGGAUUCUUAUCAUCUCGACUAUUUCUACCAGAGCUUGUUGUUUUCGGGUUUUCACUUUUUGCUCAUGCCUCCAACUCUUCUAGGCUAGAGAUAAUGACAAAAGGAACACUUCCUUUGAUAAAUAUGAUCAACAAUUUAGUUCAAGAUAGGGAUUGAUUUGUAUAUCCUUGUAUAAAUGCUUUAGGUCUUGUUCAUGUCAUCCAUGAUCAUACAUACAGGACUCAUGCCAUCUCCUUUCAGCUUGUAGACGUAUAAUACAAUUUGUCAAUUAAAGUCUCAUUUGAACU